GCACAAAAGAAGACAGGAUAUGAAAGUGAAGGCUAUCAUGCACAAAGUACUGCUAGAUAUCUGAUACGUUAUCUGGUUCGUGUACGUAGUUUGGGAGGCGUCAGGCCUGUUUGUUAAGUUUGUGAAAAAGUGGGAGGUGUAUAUCAUUACACUGGAACAGCUCUCACGAUGGAGGAAGGUUCUGUCUCAGGUGCAUCAUCAGGGGCAUCAUCUCCUGAGCCACAAGAGCCAUUCAGUCCUAAAUAUACUGUGCGCAUGAGUGAUCGAGUCACAAAAGAUGGAGAGUCUGUGAAGUUCACCUUGCAAGUUUCAGAGAAUGGCCUUACUGUGCAAAUGUUAGAAAGAGAAUUUGAGGACUUUGAAUACUUGGAACACUGUGUCAUAACUGGUCAGCCGUCACAUGGUCUUAUCAUCCCACCCUUGCCGCAACGAUCUGCCACUGACCCCCAUACCGCUGAAAUUCAGUCAAAACGUCUUAUGGGCAAGGAAUCCAAAACACUUAUUGCUGAUGAAUUUCACAAAGAUUGCCAUCAACUACAAAAAUAUUUAGAACUACUUUUGAGUCAUCCAGUCCUAGGGAAGAAUGAAAGACUCCACAUGUUCUUGACUAUCAAAGAAGCUCCACCAAGAACUAAGGUGAAGAAGGGUAUAAUGACCAAGCUUUCAAACAGUCUGGAUUUCCGAAAGUCGUCGUAUCCUGACUGUGAGGAGUUCUUCCAGAAGGAAAGAGACUGGGUGGCCAAAUACCAUCCAGCUAUCAACAAUACCGCUGAUGCCUUUAACAAGAUUAUUUGUGCUCAGUAUAGAGUAAGUCAUCAACUAGAGCAGUUAGUAACAGCAUUUAAGCAGAGCAGUAUGCCAAAUAGUGAACUCCAUAAUAAACAGUUUAACAUCAUGAAUAUCCUUUUCUAUGACACUGUAGAUAAUUUAAAGGGUCAGCUAGAAAAAAAGACUGCCAAAGAAGAGAUCAUGCUAGGGUCUGUUCUUAACCUUUGGAAUAACUACAUUGAUUCUGAGAACAACAUGCUUCUUGACCGUACCAGUUUGAUGGUGGAUUACCAAUCUUGUAACCGAGCCCUCGACAAGGCCAAGCCCAACAGAAAAGAUGCGGCUGAGCGAGCGAAGAAGGAAGCAGAGUUGGCUUUCGAAGAAUGCAGCGAUGUUGCUAGAAAUGAGAUCAAGAAAUUCCAGAGAGAACGGAGGCAAGAGUUGCAAGCUAGUGUUGAACAGUAUGUAGAAUACCAGUUGACAACUGCCAAGGCGGUGCUUAAGACUCUGAGUCAAACAUUAACACAGAUCAAGGCUGUGAGUCUAUAGGAAGACACUGCAGAUGAAGAUAAUGAUGUUGAAGAAUUUAAAGUCUUUCGUGAUCCUGUCUUCAUAUCGACCAAUUCCUGUCAUAGGAAAAACCUGUACUUCUGAUGCUGUCUUUUAUUUUUCUUCUAAGGGGCUGAUUACUGGACUUGGAUAAUAUCCCCUGAUAUAAUUAUUUGGCUUUGUAACUGUAGCAGACACUUCUGUUUCAGUUUUUAAAUGAAGUUAAUACUACUAUAAAAAUGCCAUAUGAUGUGAGAGUUGAAAACUUGAAUUUCAUUCCUUGUCUGUCUUCUAGAAUUUAACCUCAAAUUUUUUUCUUGCAUUCGCAAUUCAGCUGUACCAUUGUUGAACUGCUUUUACCCAAUACUUAAUACUUAACCCCUCAGGAAAUAAAACACAAAUGUUAGAAUAAUUGCAACAGUUUUUAAGUAUUUGUUUAUGUGGUCUGAUCAUUUUAUCGUAGAUCAGUGUGCAUUGUUUGAAUGGGGGCAGACUUGGAAAAAGUGAUCUGAUGGUCCUACCUAUUUUAUAGAAAUUAUUACUUUUUUCCCAUUUCUUCUUAUGGUGAAUUUUAAUUAUGGUUACUACAAAGGAUGACUGACAUAUGUUGCUUGCCUUUGGUUAGUUAAGUAAAUAGAGGAAUUUAUGUCACAGAUGUGCAAAUUUAGAAGGGAGAAAAUCAUUGAUUUCUUUUAUUAUAUAAAUUAUUAAAUGCCAUGCAUAGUGAGAGCAGAAUCAAAUUAGGAUACUGGUACACUAGUCUUCAUUUAUUCAAUAAAAGUUUAGAAUUGUUUGAUAUAUUGGUUAAUUGGGGAGAGCUCUUUAGUUUUCAGAAUUAUGUGAGCAUUUGCCAAAUAACUGAAAUCUUGAGUAGCCAGGCAGCUGUGCAUGCAGUGAAACUUAAUCCAUUGUUUGUUUAUUUUUUUUUAUAUAGACUUUGGAUAAUGAAAGUAGAAAUUAAUUUGAAAUAUGAACAUUUGAAGUUUCUCAUAUUGGAUGCUAGUCAACAGUGGCAUACUCCAAACCAUAUUUAUGUGCCAAAAGAAACAAGUAUACUCUAGAAUUCAAACAGGUUAUAGUUAAUACCAUCUGUUGUAUGCAAAGCAAAAAACAGAUGCUGUACUUAGUUUUGCUGUACUUAAAUGAUAAAGCUCCUCUCUGAUGUGCAGCCCAUAGUUACACAUUACAGUUGGUAGAAUUAAACCUUAUGUUCUUUCUUAUGUAGGAAAUUGGAACUAAGAUCUUUAUUCUCUUGAAAAAUGUAAUUUUUGAAGCAUUGUUGGUAUUUUAGUAUAUCUUAUUGCUUAGUUUCAAUAUAUGUGGUCAUUUCCUGAUAUGUAUACAUAGUGUGUUUUGAUGUAUGGUUAUGAUCAUUUAUUUCCUCAAUCUGUAUAUGAAUUGAUUAUGGACUGACCUCAUUUCAACAUUCCAUAGUGAUUUUGAUAUAGGUACCUUUAUUGAAGCUUGCAUGUAUUUAGUUCCUCAUUUAUUACCCUUGCUUAGCUUUCUAGUCCAUUGUUGUUGUAAACUUGUUUUUCUUUUUACUUCGUACCCAUCCAUGCUUUCUAGUCCUUUAUUAUUGUUAUUAUUUCUCUUCAGUUGUGUUUUGUUGACUUAGAAAGACAUUUUACUAGUGAGAAGGCAUAGCAGCUCUAGUGCAGCUUUUUGCAGAAAUAAUAUAAUUUUGCCAAAGAAACUAUUUUACUGUAUAUAUUUCAUAGAAUCAGCUCUAGUGGACUGACUUAUUGAAGAUGGCAGCAUUUUUUGGUGCAGUUAAGGAUUUUUUUUAUCUAUUUCUUGAAAAAAAAAAUAAGGAGAGUAGCACAGCACAUCUGGAAAGGAAGAUAGUGACUCAACUAAUUUCUACAACUUCUAGUAAGAAUCCUUUUCUGUGUAUACUAACAGCAAAGGACAAAGAAAGUUAAUUAGUGAUGCAUAAUUUCUAGUCUCUUCCUUUCAUAGAAAACGUGGGUUUGAGGAGUUAUCAUCAUGAAGAUUGUUUGUUUAUUCAAAUUCCUAUUUUUGUUGUGUCUUCAAAUAUUGUGUUGAAGCUGUAUGGCUAAGUUCCUGCUAAAAUUGGCAUUAUGUACAUAUGUUCUGUUUCUACAUUCCAUUUGUUGGAGGAGUGAUGCUCAGCAGUGGCUGGUUCAAGUCCUAAAUGCUGUUCUUUUGCCUUGCCAAGAAACAUGCCUUAUGAUGCAGUACUACUUUUUAUUAGGAGAGAUUAGGUUAGAGCAGUAUUCCCAGGAGAAUAUGGUUAUGGUGCAGUCUUAGGUCAGAGUGCAUAUAUGUAGAUGAUGGGUGGAUUUUGCCCGAUAGCAAAGCACAUUUCUCAUAUACACAUACGUUGUAUUUUAUGAGAUUUUUUUAUGGAGAUUUUUUGUAUGUAGUGUUAUUCAUAUUUACAGACUCCUUUUGCAGAUCCAAGCCACCAAAAUCACACACAGCUGAAGAUAUGUCAGUCUUAAAUUUAUUGCAAAUUGUUGAAGACCUCAUCAUCUGCAUACUCUUGAUUGUCUUGAAGUACAUGUAAAGCAUAUGAUUGGAAUUCAAAUGGGAUACACAAGUUCCACUCAUUUGUUGAUGUUUGACCUUUGAUUUUGUAGUGUGUUUUGAAUACUGCAAAGAGUGGGUUGGUCAUAGCCAUCCUUAACAUUUUUUUCAGUCUGUAUUGUUUGAGACAUAAUACCUAGUCCUCAGUUUAUGGUUCCUCUCUAGUGACUGCCAUUGCAUGAUAACUCCCAUAAUAGUUUUUUUUCUACUGUAUAUAUCAUGAUAGCAAUUCAUACAUAGUAGGUAAUUAAAGCCCUAUAUUUUUUCACGCGUAGCUACAAAUCUAUCAUCUCAAUCCAAAGCUCUGUGCUCUUUGUAUUUCAGAAAUAAGUAUACGCUUUUUGCUUUUGCUGUUCUUGCUGUGCUGAUGGUUUCAUGAUGUUUUUAGUUUCUCUUUGAUUUCAUUUGAAGUUGCAACAGCAGUAGUACCAUUAACUUCUGAAAUGAUCACUACCAGGAAUAUUGUAUAGAAAGGUUCAAAUAUUGUUCUUUUCAGUAAUGUAAGGAAACAGCUAUGGCUAAGGGGUCAGAAUUAGUAAAUAUAUCUACCAUAGUCAGAGUGAGGAAGUUUACUUCAUGAUUAUUAUGAAGGGUGUGGGUUCUUACUAGUAGUACUUCAAACAGCAUUCCUGCCAGUUAUUUGAAGCUUUAGUUUUCUGUGUUUGGUCACCAGUACAGUAUUGAAUGGGAGGAUUUUUUUACACCAAUAUGAACUUAAAUAAUAAUCAGUAUAAGAUGAUAAUUUGCAGUUUUAUUGUGUCCAGACAUGUUACAACAGUAGUGGAGUUUCAGGGCAUCUCCUAUUCCUGUAUCAUUUCAGUCAACAGUGAAGUAGAUGCACCUCCAGAGAGUACAAAUGGGAAAGAACAAGGGCUGGAAGUUUGUCUAUCAGGUACCAAAGUUACCUGCAUUUUGGAUAUGUAAAGAUUUUGACUUUUGAAUAGAUUUUACAUUGUUGGUAGAAAUAAAAAUAUCUUCUGUGUGGAAAUUUGUUAUAAUAAUGGGUUGCUAAAUAAUUUUUUAUCAUCUCUUUAAUGUUAUAGUACAUUCCAACCAGGUUUUAACUUUGCAGUGUUGUUUUUUAUUGUUCUGUUAUUUUGUAUAAAUUUUGUUUUUAAUUGUAGUAGUCAAAAGAGUUCUUAUACAGUUCUUUCCUAUGUGUCAUGUAAUUCGUUUAUAAAAUCAUGUUUUCUACUAAACUUUUCCUUUUAUUUGAUGUUUAAUAAUGUUGAAUCAUGUACUUUGAAAAUAAGAUUUAUGUAGGAGAAAUUACUACUUGUCAAGUUGACAUGGAAGGUACUAUGUAAUUCCUUUUUCCUUUAUGUUUUGUAAUCUUCAAACUUAGAGAAUUAGUACAGUAGACUGCAUCCUCUUUGAAGAGCUGUUGACACAGAAGGGAAAAUAACCAAAUUUUAGCAUUCCAUGAUUUGAUUCAUUCUGUGCAAUCAGUCUGCAGAGGGAAAAGUAAAUCUUCAUUGACACCAUAAGUAGAUUGGUUUCAUCAUCACUGAGGUGAUUCAUAGCAUUUUGGUGACCUUGGCAUGGAUUUAGAGAAUGCAAUAUUGUUUUUCUUAUUUUGAUUGUUAGAUAACCACAGUGAAGCUUAGAACACCAUACUCACCAUGUCUCUCCAGUACGUAUAUACUGGAAUUAUUUUGAUGAUAUACUAUGAGAUUCAGAAUAGUUUCACAGAUAUAAGUAUAAUAUUAGCAGUGGCACAUGAAGUAAAAUAAUUAAGAGGGGGAGUAACUGCACCCUUUAAGUAAAUGUGCAACUGUGAUUAUGAAACACAAAACUGAGCAACUUUGCAUGAUGUUUUCCACUUUGAAAGUGCAAAGAAAUCAUAAAGUAGACUUUCCUGAUGAAAGCAGGCUGCAAAAUCAUGUACUGUAUUAGAGGUAAGGUUUUUGUUUGUGACGUAAGAGAAACUAUUAUCUGCUGGAUACUCGGCAAAGUGUUAAUUGCCAGCCUCAUGUUUUUUGUCCCAUGCCCUAUUAGUGCGAGAGUUAUAAAGUAGACCUUUUCCUUCAUUCCAUCUCUAUCAAGACAUUGAUACUUAUUCCAUGUCAAAAGGUUUUGAAGUAUUUUUUGUGACUUAAUAUGAUUCAUAUUUGUGUUAUACAGAUCUAGUUCUAAGUAUUGUUCAAUUGAGUAUUUUCACAUUUUUUUCAAUAAAUCUGCCGCUAUGGAAGUUACAUUUUUGCUUCUGUGUGUCUCCAUCUGUCUGGCAGCUGGAUAAGUUGAAACUUAGCAAAUAAAUUUGAAGUAGAGUUUGUGAAAAACACUAACUAGGUGACUCCCAACUGUCAUGGAUAAUUUUUUAUUUGUGCCAACAAAGGUUUAUACAAGCUUUCAUCAUAGAUAGUCUGUCAGAUUUUUAAAUACCCUUUAUCUAGAGUUUAUCAUUUGGUUGGGUAUGAUUCUGAGCAUUACGGGGAAAUUUCAUCAAUGAGCUAUUUAUCCUUCAAAAGUAAUUUCUUUUCACAAGCAUACUGACAGACAGGUGACAGUUAAGAUGUUCUCAUCCUACUUCGUGUUACAACCAUAGAUGCUACCACUGCACCUUAUGAUAUUUGAGGAUGGUAGCUGUUUUGAAAAUAGUUCAACACUAGUUGGCAGUUUGCAGUUUCUCGUUGCCUCUUUGGUUUGAUAUUUGGCAAGAAAAUAUAUCCAUCCAGAACAGCUUGAUAUGAUAUUUUUUAUCAUCUAAUUUUUCAACAGCACAUACAGUAAGAUUACUUAGCAUAUAUGGGAUUCCAUGCAGCUGAUGGGUAGAGAUUAGUGAUUCAUGCCAUCAGAUAGUUUAAUUAGACUGUUGCCUUCAACAGUUUGGUCAAUAUAGAUUUUACUAUCAAUAUACUACUACCAUUGUUAUUACUAUUAUUGCCUCUGUUUGGUUGACUUUAUUGCUACCAAAGCCCCUUAAAACAUUGUGGUACUAUUCUAAUGCUGACAAUACUUGUUCUCCUAGGAUAAUGGAUGAAAAUCUUUGCUUCUUUUACAAGUGGGAUUUUUAAUUAAUAAUACAUCCAGCACUAAAUGCUUUGCUGGCCACUGACUUGGCAAUAAAUACUGAAUACAAUGUAAGUUUUUAUGAAUAUUUCUAGUUUUUCUACACAGUAACCAAUUUUUACUUGCUUAUGAGAUUUUUAAUUCAGUUCAGAUAUGCAGCCAUCCAAGGUUACUACGGUAUUUGAUCACCAAGUGAUGCGAAAUCAACCCUGAUAGUGUGGUUAGAUAUGCUCAUUAUAAAAUAUGUUUCAUAUGUUGAAGCUUAGAUCAAAGUUUCAAUAGAAUCUUAUUCACAUUAUGAAACAUUUUAAUUUUAGCAUAAAUGUUUCAUUUAGUUGCAUCGUGACACUUUUAAGUUUACUUGGUGGUUUCUUUCAAGGUCUUUGCAAAGAUUGUAUUUUCACUUGGAUCUUUGUGUGAAUUGUCUUGUAAAAAAUAUAGUGCAGUAUUACUGGAAUCCUUCCACUGAAUGAUGAGGUGGUACAGAACAUAUAUUUGUGGUCAUGGAGAUACGUAACUUAGUAUGUGUGUACUGUAUGUGUGUGUGCAUGUAUGUGACACAUUCCAAUUUGAGGUUAUUUAGUAAUUAGUUGAACUGUAUUGCUGUGAUUGAUAGAAUUUUCAAUUUCACUUGUAUGAUUGUUCUGUUAUUUGGAAACCAAAGAUGGGUCUGAAUAUCAAGUUUGUAUCAAAGUGUUAAUAAUUGCUUCUGAUUUGUAAUAAAGAAAAAUAAAUGUGUAUAUAAAUGA